ACACACUUGCUGUUCAGGUAGACACACAUUGUAUAUAACUAUUUGUAACCAAUGGAUAGAGUAAUAACGUGUACUGUACAGUAAAUAUAGCAGGCAUUCAAGGUCUUCCUGGAUCUGCUGGUCCUCCUGGCGCUCCUGGCUCUCCUGGAGCUCUUGGCGCUCCUGGUGAUCGUGGCGAUCUUGGAGGUCGUGGCCCAGAAGGACAAAGAGGAGAAAAAGGUGAUAAAGGGGCAACCGGAAAAGUUGGUCCAAAAGGUGUCGCAGGCGAGAUCGGAGUUAUGGGCCCAACCGGACCGAGGGGGGCACCAGGUAUUUUCCGUUCAAACGUGUGCUCUAAUGAGAGAAAAGGUAUGAUAAAGUACAAUCAUCAAGUAAAGGAGGUAGAGUAUUGUGACGGUAACAGCUGGCUGACACUGUCGCUACUAACACCCGGCAAAUCGCCUCUUUUGCCUGUACCAUCGUGUAAGGAAAUAGCACUCUAUUACAAGUCUUCUGACAAAAAUGGAAAGUAUUGGAUUAAACCAUCCAACAAUGAUAUACCUUAUCAGGUUUUCUGUGAUGCUAAUGAAGGUUGGACUCUGAUCAUGAAAAUAGAUGGAAAUCAACAAAACUUUGUCUAUGGAAGCGAUCUGUGGUCAAACAAGGAAACAUUCCAACCAACUAAUUUGGACUUGGAUGACAAAGAAGCAAAACUGGCUUCGUAUUGGACACUACCAUUUACUGAACUUCGUUUGGGAAUGAAAGUAGAUGGAACGAUGAGGUGGAUCACUUUCAGCUACAGCGCAUCAUCUCUCUACAGUCUUAUUGCUGAUGGAAACUACAGAGGCACAAGUAUUGGUGAAAAUAAGUGGAGAAGUUUACUGCCAACGUCAUCUCUGCAGCAACACUGCAAUAGGGAAGGAUUUAACACAAGACCCACUCACUCACGCUACAUCUCAAAUCAUGCUGGAGCUCGUUUGGGAUUUCUUGCUAACAAUGAGAACGAUUGUUAUACACCAGAUUCUUUUCUUGGUUUUGGAACACAGUACCAGCACAUCAGAAACAGUGCUGGAAACUACAAUGGACACGUAAAUACUAAAGCAAUUGCUUAUAUCAUGGCACGAUGAAAAGCUGCACUACGUAAAUGCAUGAUAGCAUUAAGCACACAAUUGGUUUAGUUGUUUAGUAUAUAUAGGUCAACUAGUCUACAUUAUGUGCUUGAUUACA